GAUUGGAUACGUCACACAGGUGUAUGGCGUUAGUGGUGUUACAGUUUCUAGUUUGUUAUUUCUAUUUUUUCACGUGUUGGUAAGGUCAGUUAAAUAUGACAACAGAAGACAAAUUUCGUGCUGCCGUUAAAGUUGUUCGGGGACUACCAAAAACCGGACCUUUUCAACCUUCAAAUGAAUUAAAGCUUAAAUUCUACUCAUACUUUAAACAAGCAACUGAAGGACCAUGUUCUCAACCUAGACCAUCUUUUUGGGAUGUUAUCAACAAAACUAAAUGGGAUGCUUGGCAUGCUUUGGGGGAAAUGCCCCGAGAAGAGGCAAUGGAGAAUUAUGUGGGGGAGUUGAAAAAGAUCAUAGAAACAAUGUCAUAUUCAGACAGUGUUGCAGAGUUUAUGGAUGUACUGGGACCAAUGUAUGAAAGUGUCCCUCUUGAGAAAUCAAACUCCCUCCCUCAUCUAAAUGGGGAUAAAGAUUCAGAAAAUGACCAGGAAUUAAGCAGUUCUUCAGCAAGUCCUGUUAGAAACACUCCCAAUUUAUUGAAGCAAAUACAGGGAAAAAAGGCAUCCUGUCAUGAUGCUGAUGCAUCACCUGAGAAUCCCCUUUAUGAACAAGGCAUUGAUGGACCUACAAAUGUUAAUGGAUUGAGUGAGAGUAGUGGCUCAGACAGUGAAGUGGAUGAAUUCUCUGACACAUAUGAUCAAAUUCAAGAGGAUGAUGAUGAUGAGUUGCGGGUACUUGCCAAGAAGCAGGUUAAUGGGGAUAGUGGUGUUGAUAUCCAGAGUGAAUCAAUAGUUAUGGUAGAUAAUGACAAUCAGACUUGGUCAGUAUAUUCUGAGAGGGCCACAACUAAAAAUACAGAUCUUCAGAAAAGUGGUGAUAGUGGUGAAUUUCAACUGCAAGAUGUAGCAGGCCUUGAGGCAUCUAAAAGAAAUGGCCAAAAUGAAGAAUUGAUAGUUAAAACACGAGGUGGGGGUGACCUCACAUCUGGUAAAAGAAUACCCAAUCCUUUACAGGUUAAUCCUUCUGGCCAGGCCUCAAGUCGUCGACACACAAGAGCAGAAGCAGCAACUGGUAGUCGUGGUUGUCAACAUUUGCACAUGAGUGGUGCAUCGGGAAGUGGUGGGCAAGAUGGAGCUGGCAGAUCUCGACCAAGAGAAGUGGCUUCAGAUACUACAGAGCAGCUGGCCUUUGCUAUUUUACGGCUACAACAAAAGUUGGAUGAGGUCAUCAAUAGGCUUGAUACAUUGGAAACUUUACUGAACCAACAAGAAAAGCACAAUAAAAACACAGAGAUGUCCACCUGGUGGCCUUUUGGAAAACUCCCAAUGCACACAGUUUUAAUCAUUGCAUUGUGGCCUUUAUUGGCUCAAUGGCUCUUGGUAGUUAUUCAGAAGAGACGUCAUAAGUAAAUCCACAGUAAAUAAGAAACUUUGGAUUAGGUACUGAUCCUGCUUAUAUUGUAUUUGUGUAUAUAUAUGAAUAGAUCAGGAUGGCAACCAAAGUAGUGAAUAAAAGUUACAAUAUCGGAGGGUCUGUGUAAUGCAUCACACAUGAGGAUUCAUUAGGAACAUUUUUCAUUUUGUUUAAUCAUUCAAUUUCAGUAAAAUUUACUAAAGAGUAAUUAAUUUUUUUAAAACAAUAGUUUGAAUAUUCAGUGAUGUAAUAAUAGCUACAUUUAUUAAU